AUGGCCUUGUACGGCGACACGGAGUUUGAUGUAUUGGCGACGCCCGUGUUGUCGAAAGAUGGCACGCGCGUGCGCUACGACGGCUACGCUUCGUUUGUGGCCAGCCACUUGUGCAUGACGUACGCCCUCGUGGGCGGGGCGCCGUAUUUGAUGACGAACGACAGCUCGUCGAAUGCCGAAACUGUGCAGUGCAUUCCGUCGUGUCAACUGCCGUUUGACGAUAUUCUGCCGGCGGUGAAUCGAGCGACUUCGAUCCCAAGUGCAUCGAUUGGGGGGAACCCCAUUGAGUGUGCAGGCGGUGUGCUCUUGAAGACUUCGUUUGGCGGCAUUCGGUACGCCAUUUGCGCAAAAGGGCGCGAGGGGUUCACGGCGUAUGCGAGCGACGUGACCAUUGACGUCAAGUACCUCAAGCGCGCGGUGGUUGUCCCCGACAUGAAGUUACCGAACGGGUCGACAUGUGAGACAGUGGCCAAAGCCACGGCAUUGACCCCAACGGGUCUCGCACUGGUCACUGGGAGCGACGUGCCGAAACCGCGUUCGAGGAAGCUCACGGCCGCGGCCCACCUGGCGAUGCAAGGCUCGUCCUGUUCGUGUCAAUCCACGCGUCGGCCGUGCCUGUUUUUCCACGGCCUGGGCAACGAAGUAGAGGAACCAGGUGUGCUGAAGUCGUCGCGGCAUUUCGGAUGGGACAAGAUUCAAGGCCAUGCCCCGUGCUGCACGUCGAUCGAGUACGUGUCGCUCAACACCGUCGACUACGCCUGGACGAGCUCUAUCCUGCAACAAAAGGUGUGUGACCGCGCGUUGUCCAUGUCAGCGUCUUCGGAUGCCUCGUCGCGGACAAUCCGAGACACGAUCUUGGUCACGCACUCGAUGGGUGGGCUCAUGCUGGCGGGGGCACUUGCCAACGGAAGGUGCCACCUCGCCCCGAGCUCGACGUGGGUUGCGCUCAGUCCUCCUAUGAUUGGCAGCAUGGCGUCCGACCACCUCGUGGACUACUGCAAGCACGAAGUCCAGAACCUCGCGGUGGACAUGAUGUUCAACGGCAAGUGCCCCGUGCCCAAGUCCACGCGGUCUAUUGUCUACGCGACAGAAAAGUACAGCAGCAAGCGGUUGGACGCUGCGUACGUUGCUGCUCAAGCGGCCUACCGCAAGCACGUGUAUGCUGCCAUGUGCAGCAGCUCGUACGUUGGCAACAUUUCCAAGUUCCAGUUUAAGUACAUUAUGGGCGGCAGCAUGAUCCCGCACAAGUCUUCCGAGAACGACGGCCUCGUGGAGUUUGCCAGCUGCGCCGGUGGCAUUCCACUGUCAGAGUUUGGCAAGACGCCGCACGACAGGUUCUACAGGUGUGAGUUGAACCACGCGGACACGGCGUUCAAGACGGGUGACGGGCUCUUUAAGAGCACGGUUCGACCGGUAACGUGGUUUGAAUGCCUGCUGUAA